CCAGAGAACAGUUGUUUUGUUUUUAUACUGCAUCAUGUUGUUCAUGGCUGAGUAAAGUGGAGACCAAGAAACGUCUGAAAAACAGCGAACAUGAGCAAAAUGGAGAAUUGAAGCAGAGGACAGGGUCUUUGCAGAUAACUGCUGUGCAAACUAUAAAGCUCAGCUAAAGGAUAACCCCAAGUAGAACAUUUCCCAUUGAAGAUGGCAUCUCCUUCAAGCCCCGUCUACUGUCCUCGCAUCUUCACAACCAUGGUGAACGUCACUUUGAACCCAAUCAACUCAACGCAAAAGAUCACCCCAUUGAGUGCUUUUGUCAUCUCCCUCCAUGGCUUGUUCUCAUCCGUCGGCAUUGUGGAAAACCUCCUCAUCCUCGGCAUCGUGGGCUUCCAUGUGCGUCGCUCCGUGAUCAGCAUCUGGAUCCUUAACCUCGCGGCGUCCGACCUUCUGGCGACGGCCUCCCUGCCCUUCUUCACCCUCUACAUGGCCAAGGGUAGGACGUGGACGCUGGGGACCCCAUUCUGCCGCCUCCACUCUUCCAUUUUCUUCCUCAACAUGUUCGUCAGCGGCUUCCUGCUAGCGGCGAUUUCUAUGGAUCGCUGCUUGGUGGUGUUGAAACCGGUGUGGGCCCAGAACUACAGGAACACAGCUAUAGUGGCAAAAGUCUGUGGGGUGAUUUGGGCCUUGGCUGUUUUGUGCACAGUCCCCUUCUACCUAUUUCGUGACACCAUUACGGAUAGAAAUGGUCGGAUCAAGUGUUACUACAAUUACGCUCAGCUGCUCCCAGCUCAACCCUUCGACCUGGAGUCUUUAUGUAAGAGGCGUGAAGAAGCCUUUGGCCUCACAAAGUUCUUUCUAGCCUUCCUGAUUCCAUUGCUAAUCAUCAUCUUUAGCUACAUUGCUGUGAAUGCCAAAUUGGCACGCAGAGGCUGCCGUCGCCCUUAUCGUUUUGUCCGGCUUGUUGUGGCCGUAGUGGUGAGUUUUAUCAUCUGCUGGGCUCCUUACCACAUCUUGAGCGUCAUGGAGGUGUUGACCCCCUUGGAUCAUCCCUCACAGCAGAGUAUAGCCCGUGGCCUCCCAACUGCAGCAACUAUCGGUUUCCUCAACAGCAUCCUCAACCCCGUUCUGUACGUAUUCAGCUGCCCCGACCUGUGCAGUAAGAUAAGGCAUUCUCUGGGUGCGGUGAUGGAGAGCGUUCUGGCCGAGGAUCUGGCGGAGCUGGCUAGGCGCCGCAGUAGCGGUCGUAUCUCUAAUAGCACCUCAGAAGCUACGCUGAAGCCACGAAAUGCCAUUACGGCGUUGUGUCUGAAAGGAGAAAUGGAAGUCAGCGAGGGGCUUUCAACUCAUGAGAACUGAACCAAAGAAUGUACCAUCAAGUCACAAAUACUGGCUGUUAUUCAGGGUUCCCAUGGGGUAUUUAAAAGGCUUUUAAAGUCUUGAAUUUACAAAUCUGCAUUAAUACCUUAAAAAUGUCUUUAAAUAGGUAUAAAAUUUCAUAUGGUAGGUCUAGGUCUUAAGUUACACAACCAGGCAAAAGUUGUAGAACACCCCAGUUUUUUGAGUUUUGUAUUGAAAUUCAAGCAGUUCAAGUCCAAUGAACAGUUUGAAAUGGUACAAAGGUAAGCAGUGAACUG